CUUUAUAUUUAUUUCAUGUCCAAAAAGGGCAAGAAAGGAAAAAAAGGAGAAGACAAUGAUGAAUCCACGACCCAAAUCAUGAGGUUUUACAACAGAAAGAUUUAGAGUCUUGGGGUGGCAUAAAAUAAAAUAUUUGUUUAAGCAGUUGCAUAAGCAAUAGAAAAUCAAGAACAUUUAACGACUGUAAUUAAUAGUACAAAAUUUAGCUUCACAUUAUUGAGGAAAUAGGGCCUAAUGCAAUUAGAGGAAUUUUCGAAGCAUUGAUGGAUCUCAAGUAUAAUUAAAUUCAAAAUUAGUUAUAAGCAUUUGGCCAAUAUUUGGUUAGUCAAAGCAGGUCUGGGACUCAAUAAUAAUGAAGGUGUCAAAUAUUUGGCAAAUUAUAUAUAAAAAGCUCAAAAUACCAAAGUCUUGGAUUUGACAGAAAAUGAAAUCACUCCGCAAGGUUGCACUUAUCUCGGUUACGCCCUAUCCCCAGCUUUUAAAGUUCCCUUGCAGGAGCUAAUUCUUGACUUUAAUUAUAUUGGUUGUGAAGGAAUGAAAGAACUAUGCAAGGGAUUGGAGAUGAAUAGUAAUAACAUAAGUUGAUUAUUUUUUAGCAACAAUCAGAAAGCUUUCCCUCAAUUAUUGUAGAUUGGAUUUAGAAAGUGUUAAAUAUCUAUAGGACAUUCUCUCCUUUGUCGAUUGUGAUUUAAGAUAUUUAUUUUUAGAGGGAAAUUAUUUAAGAAAUCAAGGGUAUUAAAUAAAUUCAUUUUAAGUGUCUAUUAAUUGUUUAGGUCUUUGGAAACUAAUGAAUGGUUGGAGGAAUUAAAUAUUGCAAACAAUCAAUUUGGAGAAUCUGAAGAUGUCCCACUCAUUGAAAAAAUAUGUGAAGUCUUAACCAAAAAUAGUUCUAUUUAAGUUUAUGACUUUAGAGGAAAUGCUUUAUAUGAUGAUUGUAUUGAUAACCUUAAUAUAAUAGCUGCUAAAAAAUUCUUAGAGUGCAUCAAAAUGUAUAAAACUGUUUGCAGAUUAGAAGUACCAAUAGAAAUAUAAAAUGCAAUUCUUGAAGAAAUCAAAAAAGUUACAAAAAAAAGAAAGAGAAGAAAGAAUAAGAAAAAAAAGUCUAAAAAGAAGAAAAAAGCAAAAAAAUGA